AUGGCAACCCUUCCUUGUCUCCAAAGCCCCUGUUUUCUGUCCCUGAAACCACUCCCACAACGCUCCACCCUCGUCUUCACCAACCACACCCACUCCGUUUCUUCAUUUCAUACUUCGUCUCAGCCUCUACAGCGUCGUCUCAGGCUCACUCGCACCCCCAUUUCUGCGUCUCUUAAGGAAAAUUUGGGUCUUCUUACGAAAACUUGGAGUGACGUUACUAGUUUAAACAGCUGGGUUGUUCGGGACUAUUACCGCCUUGUGAGCUCUGUUAACUCCCUUGAGCCCCAAAUUCAGAGACUCACCGAUGACCAGCUUACUGCUAAAACUGCAGAGUUCCGGCAAAGGCUGGGGAAGGGCGAGACACUUGCAGAUAUCCAAGCUGAGGCUUUUGCUGUCGUUCGUGAAGCUGCAAAAAGGAAGCUCGGUAUGCGUCAUUUCGAUGUGCAGAUUAUAGGUGGGGCGGUGCUUCAUGAUGGGUCCAUUGCAGAAAUGAAAACGGGAGAGGGAAAAACGCUAGUUUCCACAUUAGCGGCAUAUCUUAAUGCGCUGACUGGUGAAGGUGUUCAUGUGGUAACUGUAAAUGAUUACCUUGCUCAACGAGAUGCUGAGUGGAUGGGUCGUGUUCAUCGCUUCUUAGGUCUUACUGUGGGCCUUGUUCAGAGGGGGAUGACAGCUGAAGAGAGGAGAUCUAACUAUAGCUGUGACAUAACUUACACUAAUAAUUCGGAACUUGGUUUUGACUAUCUACGAGAUAACCUUGCUGGAAGCAGCGGACAACUUGUUAUGAGAUGGCCAAAGCCAUUUCAUUUUGCCAUAGUUGAUGAAGUUGACUCAGUUCUUAUUGAUGAAGGACGAAAUCCAUUGCUAAUUAGUGGGGAGGCUAGUAAGGAUGCUGCACGCUAUCCUGUUGCUGCUAAAGUGGCUGAUUUGCUUGUGCGAGACAUUCAUUACAAGGUAGAACUUAAAGAUAACUCAGUUGAGUUGACUGAAGAAGGAAUAGCUCUUGCUGAGAUGGCCCUUGAAACAAAUGACUUAUGGGAUGAAAAUGAUCCGUGGGCUAGAUUUGUGAUGAAUGCAUUGAAGGCUAAAGAGUUCUAUCGGCAAGAUGUGCAAUAUAUUGUCAGAAAUGGGAAGGCUCUCAUAAUAAAUGAGCUGACUGGCAGAGUUGAAGAGAAGAGAAGGUGGUCUGAGGGGAUUCAUCAGGCUGUGGAGGCUAAAGAAGGCUUGAAGAUUCAGGCUGAUUCGGUGGUUGUGGCACAAAUCACUUAUCAAUCUCUAUUCAAGCUCUACCCAAAACUUUCAGGGAUGACUGGGACUGCAAAAACUGAAGAGAAAGAGUUCUUGAAAAUGUUCCAAGUGCCAGUUAUUGAAGUACCAACAAAUCUGCCAAACAUUCGUAAUGAUUUACCUAUUCAAGCUUUUGCGACUGCUCAAGGGAAGUGGGAAUAUGUUCGUCAAGAGGUGGAAUACAUGUUCAGACAGGGGCGUCCUGUUUUAGUUGGGAGCACCAGUGUUGAGAAUUCUGAGUACUUGUCUGAUCUACUGAAGGAGCAGAACAUCCCACACAAUGUUCUAAAUGCACGGCCUAAGUAUGCGGCAAGGGAGGCUGAAAUUGUUGCCCAAGCAGGGCGAAAAUAUGCCAUUACCAUUUCUACCAACAUGGCUGGCAGAGGCACUGACAUAAUUCUAGGAGGAAAUCCAAAAAUGCUUGCAAAAGAGAUCAUAGAGGACAGUUUAAUUUCGUUCCUGACACGAGAAGCUCCUAAUGUUGACGUUGAUGGAGAGGCAAUUUCACAAAAGGUAUUGUCCAAGAUAAAGGUUGGUCCAUCAUCAUUAGCUUUUCUGGCAAAGACAGCGUUAAUGGCUAAAUAUGUUUCGAAAAAUGAAGGCAAGAGCUGGACAUAUAAGGAGGCAAAAUCUAUGAUAUCAGAGUCUGUGGAAAUGAGUCAGUCAAGGGAUUUGAAGGAGUUAGAGAGGCUUGUUGAUGAACAGUCGGAGAUGUACCCUCUUGGCCCUACAAUUGCACUUGCUUAUCUGUCAGUUCUGAAGGAUUGCGAGGUACACUGUCUCAAAGAAGGGUCUGAAGUAAAAAAACUUGGGGGUCUUCAUGUGAUCGGAACAUCUUUGCAUGAGUCUCGGAGAAUAGAUAACCAGCUUCGAGGCAGAGCAGGAAGGCAAGGUGACCCUGGAUCAACACGAUUUAUGGUGAGCUUGCAGGACGAGAUGUUUCAAAAGUUUAAUUUUGAUACUGAGUGGGCUGUGAGGCUUAUUUCCAAAAUUACAAAUGAUGAGGAUAUGCCAAUUGAAGGUGAUACAAUUGUUAAACAGCUCCUGGCCCUGCAAAUUAAUGCAGAGAAGUACUUCUUUGGCAUAAGGAAGAGCCUUGUUGAGUUUGAUGAAGUAUUAGAGGUACAGAGAAAGCAUGUCUAUGAACUUAGACAGUCCAUUUUAACUGGUGAUAAUGAAAGUUGUUCCCAGCACAUAUUCCAGUACAUGCAAGCAGUGGUAGAUGAAAUUGUCUUUGCAAAUGUUAACGCACUGAAGCAUCCAAGAAAUUGGAGUUUGGGUAAGCUUUUGAAGGAGUUUUUGACAAUUUCUGGGAAACUACUGGAUGAUUCAUUUACAGGAAUUACAGAGGAAGCUUUAUUAAAAUCUCUUGCACACUCACAUGAACUAAACUCUAUAGAUCUUGAUGACAUUCACCUUCCAAACUUGCCAAGACCGCCAAAGGCCUUCAGAGGAAUCCGCAAGAAGAGCUCUUCAUUGAAACGUUGGCUUGCUAUAUGCUCUGAUGAUUUGACUAAGAACGGACGGUACCAUGCUACUACUAGCCUCCUCCGCAAGUACCUUGGAGAUUUUUUAAUUGUUUCAUACUUGGAUGUUAUUGAAGAGUCUGGUUACGAUGAUGCAUAUGUGAAGGAAGUUGAAAGAGCAGUUCUGGUGAAAACCCUUGAUUGUUUCUGGAGGGACCAUCUUGUAAACAUGAACAGGCUCAGUUCAGCGCUUUUGGCUUUAUUCCCAUCAUCCCAAGGUUUUGAAGUCACUUGGUCAUCUGUUGUCAAAAUUGGGCAAUCUCUCUAUCGGGAGGCACCUGGAAAAGAUCCGUUUAGACCUGAUCAGAAGACACCUAUCGUACACAAAACAAGACUAUAUAUAGACAGCAUGGAAGGGGCAACUUUGUCUUGCAGGCAAGCUUCUGCCUAUAUAUGUGAUGCUGGGGAAGAGUUCGUGGGAUUGCGAAAGAAGCUUGCAGCCCAAGAUUCUGGGGAAUAUGCACAACAAUUGCUAAUACUACUGAUGAGCUGA